ACGCCUGCGCAGUGCUCUUCCUAGGGGGCGGGGCCAGGUUGGCCGGGGUUAUGGGGCGUGGUCUCGAAGGCGCUUGCGCGAAGGCGGUUGGAGGGAGGCCCGAUUCCCCUUUGUUCAGAUUCGCCAUUUUGCGAGGCAGCGGCAGUGGCGGCGGCGGCGGCGGCUGGAGCCUCUGAUUGGGUUUCGGGGUCCGGUACUGGAGCCAAUCAGCGCGGGCAGCGAACCGGGGGAGCGAGGCACGGAGUCCCUACCUGGCAGCUGCCUCUGUAGAGUGAAGCUUCAGGACUCUUAACGUGGCCGGGCCAUGGAGCAGUAUACGACAAACAGCAAUAGUUCCACAGAGCAGAUCGUGGUGCAGGCCGGCCAGAUUCAGCAGCAGCAGCAGGGUGGUGUCACUGCUGUCCAGCUGCAGACUGAGGCCCAGGUGGCAUCCGCCUCAGGCCAGCAAGUCCAGACCCUCCAGGUAGUCCAGGGGCAGCCGUUAAUGGUGCAAGUCAGUGGAGGCCAGCUUAUUACAUCAACAGGCCAACCCAUCAUGGUACAGGCUGUGCCUGGUGGACAAGGCCAAACCAUCAUGCAAGUACCUGUGUCUGGCACACAAGGUUUACAGCAGAUACAGUUGGUACCUCCUGGACAGAUCCAGAUCCAGGGUGGGCAGGCUGUGCAGGUGCAAGGCCAGCAGGGUCAAACCCAGCAGAUCAUCAUCCAACAGCCACAGACUGCAGUCACCGCUGGCCAGACUCAGACACAACAACAGAUUGCUGUCCAGGGACAGCAAGUGGCCCAGACUGCUGAAGGGCAGACUAUUGUCUACCAACCAGUUAAUGCAGACGGCACAAUUCUCCAGCAAGUUACAGUCCCUGUUUCAGGCAUGAUCACCAUCCCAGCAGCCAGUUUGGCAGGGGCACAAAUCGUUCAGACAGGAGCCAAUACCAACACAACCAGCAGUGGACAAGGGACUGUCACUGUGACACUGCCUGUGGCAGGGAAUGUGGUCAACUCAGGAGGAAUGGUCAUGAUGGUACCAGGAGCUGGCUCUGUGCCUGCUAUCCAAAGAAUCCCUUUGCCUGGAGCAGAGAUGCUGGAAGAAGAGCCCCUGUAUGUGAACGCCAAACAGUAUCACCGCAUCCUUAAGAGGAGACAAGCACGGGCUAAGCUAGAGGCAGAAGGGAAAAUCCCAAAGGAACGAAGGAAAUACCUCCAUGAGUCUCGGCAUCGGCACGCCAUGGCACGGAAGCGUGGGGAAGGGGGUCGCUUCUUCUCUCCAAAAGAAAAGGACAGUCCCCACAUGCAGGAUCCAAACCAAGCUGACGAAGAAGCCAUGACACAGAUCAUCCGAGUUUCCUAACCACAGGAGGGUGGCAGAGCUGAUCAGUCACGGUCCUCUCCACUGUUCUGGAAAUGGACUGACUUCCAGUGGGGCACUGACAGUCUCACUCUGCCCUUUCUCAGGACAGAAACUACUUAGCUCAGUAUUACAGCUGCAGUGGUGGCUGACAAACUGAAGUGGCAAGCUUUUGUCGCACCCCUUCAUUGAGGAUCUGUUUCAGACUGUUGGACACUGACCUUUUGCAAAUUUGGAUGAUUAAAAAGAGGUAUUUGCCAGCCCAGCAUUACAAACACAGCACUUAUGUUGAGUGGUAAAGCCAGCCAGUCAGCCAUUGCAGUAGGGGAGAGCAGCCUUCUCAACCUGGUCCUCAGUCAAGGCAGCCACAGCCCCUGGCUUCCUGUGGGUUCUCAACAAGCAUCCAUGCCCUGGUGGGGUGUCGGGCUGCCUGAUGCAUAGACACUUGGCACUCAGGUGGCUCCCAGGCAAAGAGGCUUCCUGUUAGGACUUGGAGCAACCGACCAAGCUGCUGUCUUCUGACCCGUGCUGAUAAGAACCUGUCUGCCCACAUGCUAGGUUGUGUUUACUUCAGCCAAGAAAGUACAAAAAGGAUAUUUUGGACUCAGGAUAAAAGGACCUAAAAGGUA